AUGCGGUACGUGCACGCGCGUGAGGACGAUGAGCUGCACAGGGUCCGCCAGGCCAUGGAUCUGCAUGUCGCAGACGAGUUCGAGGUCGUGCACGUGGACCUUGCGAAGAGGGUACUCUCGGACCUGGGGUUCCCAGACGUCGUGAGCAUAGUCACCAUCCUGAGGGAGCUUGGCGUCAAGCCGGAGCUCAGCGCGCCAACGUAUUCGGGUCCGCGGUCCUUCUGGCACAGCGUGAAGGUGGAGCAGCGGCUGGACUGGGUCAACCUGACCCGAGUCCUGCGCCACCUUCGCUCCGAGGAGCGGGCCUGCCGGAGGAAGGUUCACGGCUUCACCCCCGAGGAGGUGAAGAGAUGGACGGUGAUUUUCGACCAGUGCGCUUCCAAGAAGGUCGUCCCCGCGGGCGACGGCGAACGAAGGCUGGUGCCUUCCCUCCUGCGGCCCGACGUGCUCCUCGGCCUCCUGGGCGAGGACUACGCCCCGGCCCUCUUCCGCGGCGUGGACCUGCGGGACGUCGGCGAGAGGCUGCUCGCGUUCGUGCCGGCUGCGGCCGACCCCGGCAUGGACGUGCAUGAGUUCUUGAAGAUGAUGAGCGCAGCCCACGAGGACGCCGACGCGAGGUACCACCACAAGCUGCGGUGCGCCGAGGCCGCCUGCGGGUUUGCGGCGCAGGAGGUGCGGGAGUUCCGGGCCAUCUUCGCGCGGUGCGACGGCGAGGGGGCGGGCCUCCUGCCCUUCGAGCAGGUCGUGGGGAUGGUCCACGACUUGACGCCCCUCAAGGCAGCCCACGUCGCCGAACUCUACGCGCUCUGGGAGGAGGUCGUGUUGGCGCUCGACGCGGAGACGGCUGCCAUGGGGCCCCGUGAGACUCUGAACAAGCGGCUGCCCCAGAAGCCAUCGCACUACUUCCGGCUCGCGGCCCACUUGCCCGGUAGCACCGACUUCCCUGAGUUCCUCUGCCUCAUGGAGCGCCUCCUCGCGAUCAAUUUCCACGACAUCGUGACCAGCACCAGCAUCCGAGCCGCGGAGCUGGAGAAUCUAAAGAAUGACGAGCGCAGGAGCUCCCACGAGCUUGGGAUCAGCCCCAGGCGCGCGGUGAAAAGACGGCCGGCAGUGUUCGCGAUGCGAGAGUGA